ACCUCACCCUAACGAGAAAGUCUGAUUACCUAACUAGCUGGCAAUCCCCUAGCCUGACACAUUAGUUUCCUAGGAGAAAGCUAUACGGUGUAACAUAAUAUAAUAUUAACCUUGGUGCGUGGAGGACAAUCCGGCUUGUUCUUGGCGUUCCCCCUGACAUCCUAACCUAACCUCGCCUUGAGCGGAGUCAACGUGUAAUUGUCGUAGCCAGUCGCUUACCCGCUCAACCUCCCAAUAUCGCUGUGGAUUGGCGACUUUUGAAUCGAUUCAAAAGUCACCUUGCGGAGUCAGCGUGUAUUGGUCGUCGCCAGUCGCUUACCCGCUCAACAUCGCUCAAUAUCGCCGUCGGUUGGCGAUUAACGUCGUUCUGACAUAGCUUUACUCUCGAAUCGACUCGUCGAUUGCUGAUUAACGUAGUACUGACGUCUCCCAUUUAUUAACGAUUAUCGCCGUCCACUAUCGGCGUCCACUAGCCCAAUCGUCCCGUCUGCUGCUUAUAGCCACAUUCUUUCCUGCCGACAUGCAAUCGGGGGGCGGCGAAACUGCUAUUGAGUCGAAUCGAGAGGAGGUACUAUCCGGGGGAGGCGUCACUGCCAUCAACCCGACUCGAAGGGAGGCGUUAUCCGGGGGAGGCAUCACUGCAGAAGCCGAGGAGGGAACGCCGGAGCUCAUGAUCCCCACGCAACCCCCGGCCAUCCGCUUCGCAUCUCCUCAAUUCCCCAUGUUCCUGUAUAAACCGCCGGAUAAAAUCGAGGAAGGGCUGUACCUGGGGAGCCUCAACUCUGCCUCUAAUAGAGACGCAUUGCUGGAGCUGGGGAUCAAGAGCAUUGUGACUGUAGCGAAUGACACAGGAACGCCUCAGUUCCCUGACACCUUCUCAUACACUGUGGUGCACGUGGCUGACGCCAUGUCAGUUGACCUCGCCACUCACUUUGACGGCUGCUUCACCGCCAUUGAGGAGGGGAGGAAGGCGGGAGGGGUGCUGGUGCACUGUCUAGCAGGCAUGUCUCGCAGUGCAACGAUAGUGAUUGCGUAUAUGAUGAAGACCAAGGGGUGGGACCUGAGGACGAGUCUCUCCCACGUGCGACAGUGCCGGCCAAUAGUGCAGCCCAACAUUGGGUUCAUGCGGCAAUUACAGGAAUAUGAAGUGGCUUUGAAAAAUAACGGGAAGCAUAAGGGCAUGUUUGCAAGAUGGUUUUCAUAAAAGGCCAUGUGGGGUGGUAUAAAGAUGAUUGAAUUUCUAAUGUUCGAGAACGUGUUUAACCCAGAAUGUUGCAGCUGCUUUCAUAACUAACCGGA